AUGGCAUCACCCCUCCACCAGGCGGACCUCGACUCCUCCGCCGCCGGCGACUCCGUGGCGUCCUCCCCUCGCUCCGACGUCAACGCGCCUUUCUCCCAGCAGGACCCGCGCGUGCGGUUCAUGUGCAGCUUCGGCGGCAAGAUCCUCCCCCGCCCCCACGACAACCUCCUCCGCUACGUCGGCGGCGAGACCCGGAUGGUCGCCGUCCACCGAUCCACGACCUUCGCCUCCCUCGUCUCCAAGCUCGCCAAGCUCUCCGGCCUCCCCGCCGUCGCCGUCAAGUACCAGCUCCCCAACGAGGACCUCGACGCGCUGAUCUCCGUCUCCACCAACGAGGACGUCGAGAACAUGAUGGAGGAGUACGACCGCGUCGCGCUGAAUCUGAACCCCCGAUCGGCCCGAUUGCGGCUCUUCCUCUUCCCCAAGGAAGGGGAAUUGGAUCCCAAUUCGAGGACCAGCAGCAUCAGCUCGCUCCUCGACGGGUCGACGAAUCGGGAGCACUGGUUCUUCGACGCGCUCAAUUCGGGCCGGACCCUGGAGCGGGGCAGGUCGGAGGCCUCGUCGAUCGUCUCCGAGAUGCCCGAUUACUUCUUCGGGCUGGAGAAUCCCGACGAGAAUCAGCCGCCGCAGCGGGGAGGAGGAGGAGAGCACAGGCUGAGGAGCAAGCCCGUCUUCAACGACAGCGUUUCGGCUUCGGAUCCGGGUUCGCCCGCCCCGGUCGUCUCGUCGUCGCCGUACUGCUCCACCUCAUCGGUCGCCGCCCCGCCGACCUCGACGAUCCCGAGCGUCUCUUCGAUCCCGGAUCUCCCGCCGGUCAAGACCAAACCCGAACCACCCGAACCGGUCGUGGUCCGGAGGCAGUACUCCGAGCCGAUACCCGAGGCCCAAUUGCAGCAGCAGCAGCAGGCUCCGCCCGGGUACGCGAUGCAGUAUGUUCCGGAGUCUCAUUAUUCGGGUCCUCCUUCCGGCCCGGUCCAUCACAUACCGGUUUAUUACGUACCGGGUCAGGGGAACGUUCCGGUUCAACAGGUUCAAUACCGGCCCCAAUAUGUUCAGCAACCGCAGUAUGCGGUUCCACAGGGUCAAAUGCAGGGAGUCGGGUACCAUCAGGUACCCGCGAAUAUGGGCCAGCAGGUGCAAGCCGGGAUGGGUCAGGUCUAUGGCGGGAUGCGACCCGCCAUGGAUCCGUACGAAGGAGCGAGGAUGGUUUCGGACGGGAUGAACCAGCAGCAGGUUUAUUACGGGGUGAGAAAUGCGAACCCGGUCAUGACCGGUCCGGGUCAUCCGGGUAUGAUGAUGGCCCCUUCGGGGGAGGAGAUGCAGAAAGGUAUGGUCGACCCGAAAACAGGUCGGAUCUCCGGACCGUGA